AUGCAUCCUUUCUGCUGCGUGUCCCCUGUUCCGGUCACCGAAGGCAACUGCCCCGCCUCGCCGCACGCUCCGCCGUCCCCGCCCCCCUCACCCCCGCGGCUCGCUGGUGGUGGCCUCAUCAAGCCGCCUCCCACGGCAUCGCUGGAAUCGUCAAGAAGGACAGCCGCUGGGGGUAUGCCUCCGCCACCAGUCAAGUCCUCAUCCGCCAGUCGUGACUCAUCCCCCCACGCAUCUGAUCAACGCAACGGGAGCAUCCAGUGCUGCGAUGGUGGUGUCGCUAGCAACAACGGGAAUAUCAAUGGCCUUCGGUGGCCGAGCAACAAAGGCAGUAGCAGCGUCGGCAACGUCGGUGGCGGCGAUCAGGCCUGCCAUCUCUACAGCGGUCACAGCCACAGCAACAAUUUCAACCAUUAUAAAAGCCUCGCCCCGCAGCCGUCAUCAACAGAUCUAUCAUUGUUGCGGAUGUCGUCUGUCCAAGAUGGGGCGAUUCCCCACCAGUCCGGUGAUCACCGUGGGGAGGUGAAACUGAAUAACAUUGUCGGUAACGGUAUUUCAGGAAUUCUACACAAGUGGGUGAACUACGGAAAGGGCUGGAGGCCCCGGUGGUUUGUUCUCCAGGACGGCGUCCUUUCGUUCUAUAAAAUCCAUGGCCCUGAUAGAAUCGAGGUCAACCAUGAGACCGAGAAGGGAUCCAAGGUCAUUGGGGAGGAAUCCAUGCGGCGCCUCUCACGCGGCCGCCACGGCCACUCCCACCACCGCCGCAAGCCCGUUGGCGAAGUACAUUUAAAGGUACUACAGGAUUUCACUAAAUAUAAAGAUUUUUAUGUCCACAUUUUUGUUGAUCUUUUGAAUCCUAUUCUAUGCGGGGAAUUUGGCCCCGGUUUACAGGUCUCUACCAUCAGAGAGAGUCGAUCCGACGACAAAAGAUUCUCGAUCUUCACUGGGACGAAGAGGCUUCAUUUGAGAGCGGACACGCGGGAGGACCGUUUAAUGUGGAUGGAAGCGUUACAAGCAGUGAAGGAGAUGUUCCCACGUAUGUCAAACUGCGAGCUUAUGGCUCCCGUGGACAAUUUCGUAGUGUCCACUGAGAAGCUCAGGAAGCGCCUUCUGGAGGAAAGGGUGACUGAUACGGCCAUCCAGGAUUGCGAACAUAUCGUGAAGAGUGAGUUUUCCACGUUGCAGAAGCAACUGGUGGCUCUUAAGCAGAAACAAGUCCUCCUCAUCGAUACCCUUCGCCAAUUGGAGGUAGUAAUUUUGCCCUUGCUUCGGGAGUCUGUAGAAAAAACAUUUUCCUCCAUUUCCAUAUGAAUCCCAAUUAUUCGAACAUGUCAGUUAGUUGAUUCAACACCCCGAAUUAGGUUUGAUUUGGUUAGGUGAAGGAAUUUCACAAUAACAAAACAUGUUAUAUAUGUCUAUAUUAAGUUUUUUAUACACAUUUAUUAUGACGUGGUAUAGAAGUUUCUACUAAACGGCCUAAUUCUCCUCUGGUCUAUUUGAUUCUCGAAUGAUAUGAUGAAAAUGCGUGAAGUUUGUCAGCGUCAUGAGUGCUACAUGAACAAUUGGAUGUAGUUUUUUUGGUAUCUGGGAUCUUAGCAUUGUUUUACUCUAGAUAGCUGAUACUGAUUUCUUUCGUUUUUUAUUUCUCAAGUUUUCUCUUUCUGUUCUCUUUUGUUGUAUAAGGAUUUGAACUUGAGAAAAUUUGCAUGCAUUUGUACAAAACAUCUGAUAUUGAGUUUUGCAUAGACUAUAAACUAGACAAGGGCACCUGCAUGCAUUUAUUGAGUCGGCAUGAGUAUAGUGGGAAUGCGUUUUCAGGUUGAUCUUACAAGGCACAAUGCAUACAUUUGUUUGCAUACCUUCUUCUGAUGAUAUGUUGUCCUUCAUUGCUUACAGUUCUACUUUCUUCCUAUUUUAUAUGUGACCAUUUUUUUAAAGGAAGAAUUAUUUUCUUGUUUCUCCUGGUAGCAUUACUAUUUUCAGCUGUAUAUCUAUUUCGCUUAGUAUGAUCCUCGUUGAAUUGUCUCAUCUCAAAACAUUAUUUUUCAAAGCAUAUUGGCUGACAGCAAUGAGUAAUUAACCUCAAUCCAUUUUCAUGUAGACAGAAAAGGUAGAUCUGGAGAACACUCUUGUUGAUGAGAGCCAAAGGCAGUUCCAGGAAGACGAAUCACUAUCUAGAUCCAGGCAAGAGAAGUACAGUGGUAUGCUGUGAUAGAACGUUUCAUUUCUUAUUGUCUGUUAUGUUGCUUGAUCAAAUAUUCUUCCAAAACCGCUGCCACCUUUUUCAAUAAAUUAUAUUUCUGAUUGUGAGCUUUUUUUCUCUAUCGGUUAUGUCAUGUUGUUUAUUUUUUGCAUUACUUCACGUUUGAGUUUUAUUUUUAUGUAAUUUUUUCUUCUUCAUCACGAAGCUACUCAGGCCCUUAACUAUUAUCAUUUAUCCUUUAGCCUAGUAUUUGGUACAGAUAACAUGAUACAGAGAUUUAGUUCUCCGAAUUAAAGUUUCUUAUGUUUUUCGAAACUAAAACCUUCCUAAUGCAGUCAAGACUGAAACUUUCAUGUUUUCUCAUCUCAUGGAUACCUUUUCACCGUCUCUCAAGCAGCUUUAUUUUCCAUUAUCUCCUGGUUCCAUCUUUUCCACUUAUUUUAUUACUCACGGUUACCUUGCUAAACAGUAGAGAAAUUUUAAUGUUCUUAUAUUUCAGGAAAAUGACAUGACUGUUGAAUAGAAAUGGCAGUAAAAAGGAAAAAAAGGGGCUGUAGUCAGGAUCCUGCUCAUGAGUUUAUGUAGUAAUGAUGGAAGAUAAGACAAAUACUUCAUUCACAUCUUUAUCAUGGAAUUGGUUUCAUUAUCUAGAAUAUGGCUAAUUCCAUUUCCGUCACAAUACUGUAUCAUCACAAGAGGAUUAGAUUUUCAAGGUUUCUCGAGCUUGCUCUUUUUUUUAUGAAAUUUGGAUGUAUGCACCUAUAUAUUCUAUAAAGUUUCGAUGCAAGUUGACUUCCUGAUGCAAAUUGAUGAAGUCCAAUCAGUUGCAAUACAGCAAGAAUAACAGUAUUGUUUGUCGAUUGAGGCAUUUAGGAUGAUAUGGAGAUACCUUUGUUCAACAGAUGCGUGAGGUGCUUUCAUAUGAGAAAGGAGAAUGAAGGAACAAUGCCAAACAGAUUGUUAGAAACUAGUAAUUGUUUCUUUUGUAUAGUUGCAUUUUAAAUCAUUGAUUGUCAAUUUAAUGAGGAGGAUGAAACGGCCGUGCUCUAAAGGAUAGAGUCCGAAUGAUGGAUAGGUUAACUACUAAGCUUGCUUAUGACCUCUGAAUGAGACGUAUUUCCUUCUGCUAAUUGUUCGCUUAUGCCAGGGAAGGGAUGAUGAUGAUGAGGAUGGUCUCGGUACUACUAAUUCAGGAAUAUGAACCUGUGGGGUGGCCUCUUCUUUUUAAUUGGUGUCUCAGAGCCCCCAGUUGAGGUACAUGAACCAGUGUUGUAGCUUCUUGUCGUAGGAUACAGUGAAAGAUCAGCUACUUUCAAGAAGAAGAAAUUAUCUAAUGCAGUUUUCAAAGUUUUCUGAGAUUAUCUAGAAAGUGAAAACCACAAGGAAAGUUCAUUUAUCAUGUCUUACUGGAUUGUCGGGUGCUAGAUAAUGGCUUGUUUCAUCCAGAACCUAUGGAGUAAGGGACUCUAGGCAUAAAAGAUUAGGCUGAUAAAGGUUCUCCUUAUUUGACAUGAUGAAGCUUUCUGAAGGAAAGAAACUCUUACUCUACACGACAGGCUUUAUUUUUAUUAGCUAUGGGCUUAUAAAUUUUCUGCUUCUGGUAUCUCCUGUCCUGUCUUCUCCACAAGGAAGGCCAUAACGUCUAUCCCACAAAAAUUACAUAGUAAUGCCUUACAUAACCUAUAAAGGACUUAAUAUAGAAGGGGAAAUGAUGCAUCAUAUUAUUAGCUAUGCAACCAUUUGUGCCUUGUUUUCAGCUAAGAGUCUAUUCGUCUCUUCGUCUCUUCUUCUGACAUUUGGACGAUUGGCAAAUUUCUUAAGAAUAGAGAAAAUUAUAGGAAAAAUUGGACCCAAGAAAAAAUUAUGUGAACUAGCAAAAGGAUAUUGCCAGCAGUUCUUUUUCUGAAUUCCCUUCCCUUAGAGAGAAGAAAGAUCCUUCAUUGAUGCUUCAAAAUUUGGUGCACUUUUGGGAUCAUAUUUGUGAACUGACAUUUUUAAUGUGAUGUGGGAAAAUCCAAAAAUUGUAGUUCACAUACAAAAGGCUCUCUGGAUGAUUAAUUGUCAAUCCAACUGUUAGUUCAUUAUUAAUUAGGUGCUUGCAGCCCGCAUGGUGGAUUCACUUAACUCUAUGCUGUUUUAAAAAGGCAGGGUGGCUUUCUCUUAUGUCUUUCCAAUAGAAGUUUAGGAAGUUUUCACCAUCUGCUUCUAUUGCCUAUUAUAUAUCCUUGAUGGAGUUAUGGGAGAGUUUUUGUCUUGCGUGUCUGUGCCCUGGGUUCUUAUUUUUUCUCUCUUGGAAAUGUACAAGACUAUGGUGAUCCUUUUUAAUGAUAAUUUGGUUUUUACCACCUUAAAAUAAUGAAUAAUUCGUGGCUAAUGCUGAUUUUUCAUUCAUACUGCUUAUAACAUUUCAUUUCUGUACUUUUUUUCCUAUUCAGCGUGCAUGACUGUUUUACUAAUUUCCCUUUAUCAGAUGUUUUGUUAGUUUACAACAUUACCUAGUCUUAUGUCAAUCAUUUUGCAGAAGGAAGUGUCUCUGGAUCUGAUGACGAUAAUGAAAGGAAUGAUGCUGCCGAGGAAGAAACUGAUGAGGAUGACAAUGCCUUUUUUGAUACGCACGACUUUCUCUCAUCAAGUUCUUUUAAAAGCAGUGCAUCUGAAUUCCAAAGGUUGUCAUUUGAUCUAGAUGAGGAUGAUCUGUACGGUAUUGAUUUUCUUGAUGAUAGUGAGGCUUCGAUUAAACCUUUGAGUGGGAGUUACCCAUAUAUUCAGAGGCGCAAAAAGUUGCCUGAUCCCGUUGAGAAGGAGAAGGGAGUGAGCCUUUGGUCAAUGAUCAAAGAUAACAUUGGAAAAGAUCUCACGAAAGUUUGUCUUCCUGUGUAUUUUAAUGAGCCUCUUUCAUCUCUUCAGAAGUGCUUUGAAGACCUUGAAUAUUCUUUCCUCAUUGACCGAGCCUAUGAGUGGGGGAAAAAGGUCACGUCUGAAUUCAUCUCCCUUCUACCAUUAAAUAAAAUAUUGCAUGCUCAAAUGUUUUACUCUAGUUUCAUCGCUUGAAAAUUUCUCUCAGGAUUUCUUAUUACCCCCUCAAAAUCUAUCGUUGUUGGACCAUAUCAUUUCAUCGUUAUUCAUGUUUCGUGUGCCAACUUUGCAUGCUUGAACUGUAUCAGUAUUUUCUAGCCAGUUUUCUGCCUGUCUGUCACUGAACCAUUGAUCUCGUCAUAAUGCCUGUAUCCUGAACUCUGGUGAACAACUCAUGCGUAACCUUGUGGGUUUUCGCCCGCAUUUUUGUCUUUGAUGUUUUGAAAUUCUUGUAAGCGUAGAAUUUUUAAGAGUUAGGCAACUAGGUCAUUAUUAUUUUCUUGCUAAUUAAAGAAAUGACACAUUAUACUCUGUUCGGACAAUACUUUGCACAAUCAUUAACGUCUUAUUCCAUCAAUGUAUGGUCGUUAUGGAGCUGGAUGAGCAACUUGACUCUAGCAGGGUUUUCCUGCACGCUCUUGGUAGUGAACAAAACUCAUAGAACCAGUAAAUGGAUUAAUAGUUCUCUGGUUGUUUCUUUAUUAUUAACCUUAGUGAUCAAUAUUGAAUCACUAUUCAUCGAAAGAGCCAUACUUAAUUUACAUUUGAUCAUUUUUUUAAAUUAGUGAACAAUGUGAUGUUGUAGAUAGUGUCAACGAAGUUGGAAUGAAUAGUGUCAUUUAGUCAGGGGUCCAUCUUGACAACCAUUGAUUUCAGUUUCAUAAAUUAGUUGAGAAAUGCCUUUUUUAUGACGAAAAUAGAUGUCCAAAUUUAUUCAUUCCAAUCCGAUAGGCUAUUGUCCCCCAGCCGACUUUGGUCUAUGUUCCAUGAUCCUAUUAUUUUCCCCAUAUCUAAGUUACUCCCAGCUGGUCCUCCUAAUUACCGGGAUUGGCAAAGUUUGAAAACAUGAAAGUUUUAGGAAGAUGAUUAAGAAGAGUGAGAGGAGGCUGCGUGCUGGUGCAGCAAGAGGAAGAAAAAGAAUGAGGAGAAAUAAUAAAAAGAACAAAACCAAUUUAUACUUCCAUGACUGCCUUUUCUACAUCUCCUAUUUUUCUUGCGUCGAGGCUACUUUCUGAGAAUAGGAUGGGUUUUGGGGAGGUUAUAGCAAACAAUUCAUUUAUUGAAAUAUCUUUUUUUGUCUUGCUUCUAAGAUAAUAUUGAUGCAUUUUAGGUUUUAAAAAUGAUUUUUAUCUGCUUGGCUAAAUCCGCCAUUUCUUUCACAGUGGCUGCUUCAGCUGACUGGGUUAAUUUUGAUCGAGAGUAGACAAAGUUUGUUUGUGCUUUGAUCUUUACCCUGGGACCCUUGGUAUGGAAUCAUAUGGACUCUGUUUGACUCAGACCAAUGUAGCUGAAAUUUUGAAUCAUUUGGGUUUUUUCUUUGAUAACACCGAUCAUCAACGAUAUUUGGUCUCAGAAGAUUGCAAUUAUCAGCCAAUAAAGAUUACAAACCAACACAUAAUUGCCUGGGUAGGCCUAAUAUGGAUCAUCUCUGUUCUCAUUGCAUUUUGAGAAAACAGCCCAUGAAAACCUGUUACACAUCAAAAGGAUAUAAAGAUGGAGAGAAUUUGCUUUUCUGCAUCUUAGGUUAGCUGACAACUCAUUUUAUAUUUCAUAUCUGGAAAUAGUUUCUGGGGACUCGGAUCAAGUUAUGAGGCGGUCUCUCUGGUAAAAUCAAUAUGUGAAAAUUUAUUUCCAAAUCCUUGAGUCAUGAAGAAUGUGUUUUAGACCCUCAGAAAUGACGAACAACCAUGGUUUCCUUUCGUAGUCAUUGUAUCCGUUGGUGUGUCCUGUACUCGAUGUUUUUCUUUGGUAUAGUUGUAACAUGUGCGGUGUUAUGUCCUAGCAUCAUAGAUUCUGAAGCACUGUCGUUUUCAUAAUCUCUAUCAGCAAUUUUGAUUUGCUCCCGUUUUCUUUUUGAUCGCUAAAUCUGCUCUGAAAUCUUGCAGGGUAAUGGUCUCAUGAGGAUUCUUAAUGUAGCAGCAUUUGCUAUAUCUGGGUAUUCAUCAACAGAAGGAAGAAACUGCAAGCCGUUCAAUCCACUACUCGGGGAGACAUAUGAGGCAGAAUAUCCGGAUAAAGGCAUUCGCUUUCUUUCAGAAAAGGUUUCAAAACAGUAGUUAAUGGUCAUUAACUUUUUACGAUUUUUUCUUAACACGAACCAUAAUAUCAUGUUAUUAGGGAGGAAUGGUAGUUGGGGUUUAUGCGUACUGUCAUAGAUAUAUCAUGAAAAGAAAGACAUUCAUGAUAUCCAUAUAAUUAAAGUGAACAAGGCAUGACAGGUCACGAUCUGUCAUAGCGUAAGUUUCAUCUCUGUUGUUCGUGGAUACCUUGCUUCUGAGAGGAUGGCUCUCAAGCAACCGUUUGUUUCACGGCAUUUCAUAGGAGUAUCUUAUAACGGGCCUUGUAAUUUUGUGCAAAUAUAUAUAUAUAUAUAUAGAUAGAUAUAUACGUUUGUCAGGGACCUUGAAUGAGAUAAAGAGAUUCUAUAUCAUGGUCCAUUAGAGUGCGUUGUUUCCUGAUCUUGCAGUUCUUCUUUUGGUCGCACCAGAUUUAGUCUACUAAUCUUUUAAGUGUUAAAAUGCCAGACAGGACCAUUUUCAGCAACAGGAAUGAUCAAUCAAAGAGCCAAAAUAUAGCAAAUGCUUUUCCAAUAGUCUACUAUCACGCUUCUUUGCAUUAUGACUGUUUAGGAACCUAAGUUUGGAACAUUAGACUAACGACUCUUGUAUUCUUCAUCCGAUCGAUUAAUCCGAUUAUUCUUCAUUUCGUUUCUUCAUUUCGAUCGCAUUUUUCCAAUAGCGGCUCCAAAAUCUGGAGCAAUUGUUGGAAAUCAGUUCCUGACACACUGAUUUCAUGGUCUACUACUAAUCUUGACAGAUUGGGCAAUAUGACGAAUUCGCCUGUUGUUUUCCCGCUACUGGUGUCUUGUCGUAUAUAAUCUACAAUCUCACGUCAAUGCUCUCUUUAUCUGCCAGGUCAGCCACCACCCGAUGAUUGUUGCGUGCCACUGCGAGGGUAAAGGAUGGAAAUUCUGGGGAGACAGCGAUUUGAAGAGCAAGUUCUGGGGGCGUUCGAUCCAGUUAGAUCCCGUCGGCGUCUUAACACUGGAGUUCGACGACGGAGAGGUUUUCCAAUGGAGCAAGGUAUGAGGACAAACACAGCACAACCUGGCGAUAAGUCCGAUAAAUAUUACCUUGUAAGCUGAGGCCUUGAGGCUGGGUUUCCAGGUGACCACUUCCAUCUACAACCUGAUACUGGGGAAGCUCUACUGCGACCACUACGGCACGAUGCGCAUCCAGGGUAACCGAGAGUACUCGUGCAAGCUGAAGUUCAAGGAGCAGUCGAUAAUAGACCGCAAUCCCCAUCAGGUGAACCCUUUCGUCCCCGGUGCUGGAUCCGGAGCGAGCACAGUUAAUCAAGUGUAGAGUGAAGCAAGUUGGGUGCUGCGUUGCAGGUGCAAGGGAUAGUCCAGGACCGGCACGGCAAGACGGUGGCCACAUUGUUCGGCAAGUGGGAUGAGAGCAUGCAGUAUGUGAUGGGGGACUGCUCUGCAAAGAGCAAACUCACCGAGCCCUCCUCCAAUGCUCCGUUGCUAUGGAAACGGGCCAAGCCGUCCCAUUACCCAACCCGGUACAACCUGACCCGCUUUGCCAUCACCAUGAACGAGCUCACUCCCGGCCUGAAGGUGACCCCCGAUGUUCAACCCCCUGUGCUCUCUCUCUCUCUCUCGAUUGAUUGAUUGAUUGAUUGAAAGUUUUCUUGUUGAUGAUGGUGUCCAGGAGAAGCUGCCGCCGACGGAUUCGAGGCUGAGGCCCGACCAGCGGUGCCUAGAGAACGGGGAGUACGAGAUGGCGAACGCAGAGAAGUUGAGACUGGAGCAGAGGCAGCGACAGGUAAACCAUCUCCCGCGCCAUUACUCCCUGUUGAAUCAUUUCUCAUCUGAUGAAUCUGGGGCAGGCGAGGAAGAUGCAGGAGAGGGGGUGGAAGCCGAGGUGGUUUACUAAGGAGAAGGGCGAAGACACCUACCGAUAUGUCGGCGGAUACUGGGAGUCCCGGGAGAGUCCCUGCUGGGACUCCUGCCCAGAUAUCUUCGGCAAAGUCCCCGCCGACCCGAUCGACUAG